GGGGCCACUCCACGAGCACCAGCUCUAGGAAAAAUCACUUUUUUCGCUGGAGCCCACACCUGCAGUCGGUGUGAUUUUUGACGCGAAGGAGCUUCUCUCCGAUCUCAGUGCCUGUGUAUAUUGUGUCUUGUGUCGAGAGACAAUGUAUCAUGUGGAACUAUACCAGUGAUCCCGCUUCGUCACGCUAUGGCACACUUCCCUCCGCCACUUUCGCCUAAUAACCAGAAUAAACCUCUAAAAAGAUCUAAAAGCCAAGAAUCGCUAAAUAAGGGUAGCCCAGGACGGGAAAGCGGUUCGCCUAGAUCUCCAGGGCCUCCAGCGGCUGCACCGCCAGGAAGGUGCUGCGAAACGGGCCGGCCUAUAUUUACGGACCCGAUAACCGGCCAUUCUGUCUGUUCGUGCCAGUACGAUAUGUUGGCGUAUCAAAGACUGCCGCCCCUCGGCGUCUACCCAUCGCCUUACCCGCCGGAGGCAGUGGCAGCUUACUUCCCGGCCGCUGCUGCUGCGGCCGCCGCCUCCCUCAACCCGCCAGAUCAACCGCCUUUCUACCCCGCCGGCGUCGGUUUGGAUGUGAAAGACGGCCUUCCAUCUGGUGCGCCCGGUUGGCCGUACCCAUCAGUGUACCAUCCGUACGACGCGGCGUUCGCAGCCUAUCCGUUCAACGGUUACGGGAUGGACUUGAACGGCGCUAGGCGGAAAAACGCGACGCGAGAGACCACCUCGACUCUCAAGGCGUGGCUCAACGAGCACAAGAAGAACCCCUACCCGACCAAAGGAGAGAAGAUCAUGUUAGCGAUAAUCACAAAAAUGACACUGACACAGGUCUCGACGUGGUUCGCCAACGCUCGCCGCCGGCUCAAGAAAGAAAACAAGAUGACCUGGGAGCCGAGGAACAGAGUCGACGACGAGGACAACAACAACGAAGACGCCGGGUCGGGCAGGAAGAGCGCCGAGAACAAAGACAACAUUGAUUCCAAAGACUCGGGAACAGGGUCGAGCGAGGACGGCGACAGGGGAAGCCACCGGCUGGAGUUCGAAAGGUCGGGAGGCAACGCCGGGGGCGGCGGUGGGGCGGGCGACACCGGCUCCGAAUGGAGCGAAUCGAGACCCGACAGCCCCGAGUGCCUGUUUAUGCACCCGACCCCCGGCUACCCGCGCUUCUUGUCGCCGCCCCAGGGUACGCCGCCUUCGGCCACAAAGCCGCGGAUCUGGUCUCUGGCCGACAUGGCCAACAAAGAAGAGAGCAGGAGCGGCGGAGGCGGCAAAAUGCCAUCGCCGCUCGCAGCCCGCAGCGCCCUGCCGUACCCGAGACACCACCACGAACUGUACCGCGGCUUAUACGGCCACGAACCCGCCCUACUCGACUCCUACACGAGGAUGGCCGCACACAGCUCGCAGUCCAUGGCGGCCGUAGUGGCGGCUGCUGCGGCCGCCGCCGCCGCUUCCUCAUCACCCUUCCCCAUCACUUCGCCAUCCUCCUCAUCAUCACAAGAGCCCAAACCGGAGCCACCCCGAGCCUGACCACACUACUUGUGAUUCUUUAGUUUAUUUGUGAUAACCGUUUAAAAAAAAAAGAACAAUACAAUGUUUUUAAUGUAAAUGUCAUGAAUGUACAGUACGAGGGAAAAUUGUAUGGAUGUAUAUGUGAUAUAAAUAAGUUUUUUUUGUUCGUUUAAUUUUUAGUAUGCUCGAUUCUGUUGUUUGCCGUAUUUUUCACCCCGACGGAAAUGGUGCUCUUUUAUUGCCUAAGAUGAUGAAGAAAUUCUCAACUUUAAUUAUCGUCUGAACGAAGUGAGAAAAACACCUUAACCUGUACAUGUUUCAUGUUUUAAGAACUCCUUAAUUCUUAAACUUUUAUUUUUUAACAUUCUUCUCCAUCAUCACUUUCUCGUCCUCUGCUUUAUUUAAAUUUUCUGUUGCUUUUGUGACCGUUAUGUCCUGAUUAUGCAAGAAUACUAUCAUAUCUUUAUGAAGUUGAUUAUCUGAAGUAAUUAAAUUUAACUUAAGAAAAAGAUGUCUUUCAUCAGUUCAUUGGUAGAUGGUUUCUGAGCUUUUUUCCACGUGAACUCUCUACGUUCCUCAAGUCUCACUUCGUUCAGAUCCGUUAAAUCGCGAGUAGUGUUAAUAAACAAUAACUAAUGAAAUAUACCCCCCAAAACAAUAUAUAAUAAUAAUGCCUAUAGUGCCAUAGAGUCGGGGCCUCGCUAUUUCUCUAAUGCCGUAUACUUUUUAGAGCAUGGCUCUAGUUAUAAUCUAAGCGGUUCCGACCCUCUGUGACUCUCAGCCUUCAGUUGACGAUAUAGCCGGAAAUAUUGAAUAUUUUUUUACAGUAUUAUAUUACAGAUCUAUAUUUUAACAGGAAAUACGCAAAUACGAUAUAUAAUUAUAGUCCAUAAUUAGUUGAAAAAUGGUAGAUUCUCGAUUUUUUUUACUACAGAUUUAUUACAACAAUAAUAUUUGCAAUGUACCGAAACCAUCAGAAUUGCCCGAUAGUGGAUUACAAUAAUUAAUUCUAUUAAAUAAAGGGGUUAACGAACGCGUCAAAAUCCUGUUUAAAUCAUAUCAAAAUUUGAGUUUUCAAUUAUCGAGCGGCCACUUCUGGAAAGUAAUUUUUUUUAAACAAACACGCUUCCAUGUUAAAAUGCGUCUGAAUAUUCAUGAAAAUUUUCACCCGAAUUUUCCCCCCCGCCGAAUACACAACCAAGUACGUAUUUCUAAAUCAUAAAAGUUGCAAUAUUAAAUUUACAAGCUCGUUGUUCGGCGGCUUUUGUUCCAAGCAAUGGACUCGAGAACGAGG